AUGGCGGACGAAGUGAUUCUUCUUGAUUACUGGCCAAGCAUGUUCGGGAUGAGGACAAAGAUGGCUUUGGCUGAGAAAGGAGUGGAGUAUGAGUACAAGGAAACUGAUCCUUGGGUUAAGACUCCUUUGCUCAUCGAGAUGAACCCUAUCCACAAGAAGAUUCCGGUUCUCAUCCACAAAGGUAAACCCAUCUGUGAGUCUCUUAUUCAGCUUGAGUACAUCGAUGAGGUUUGGUCCGAUACAUACCCGAUCCUUCCCUCUGAUCCUUACCUCAAGUCUCAAGCUAGAUUCUGGGCUGAUUUCAUCGACAGAAAGUUUUACGACCCAUCAUGGAAGAUAUGGGCAACAGUGGGCGAAGAACAUGCUGCAGUGAAGAAGGAACUGUUGGAACAUUUCAAGACACUUGAAACAGAGCUCGGAGACAAGCCUUAUUAUGGUGGUGAAGUGUUCGGAUUCAUGGACAUUGCAUUAAUGGGAUAUUACAGCUGGUUCAAGGCCAUGGAGAAAUUUGGUGAUUUCAGUAUCCAAAAAGAGUUUCCGAAAUUGACUACGUGGACCAAGAGGUGUCUGGAGAGAGAGAGUGUGGUUAACGCAUUAGCUGAUUCU